AUGAAUAAGCAGAAAGAGGACUAUUUAUCGGAUUCGGACGCUGAAGACGCAAACAAAAUUAAAAGAAACAAAUUCACGCAAGGUAAGUUGCCAUUUUACACUGUGCUUCUAGCAACCGCAUGUGUUAGAUUGCAAAUUGGAACUUACAUUUGUACGCACCUUUUCAGAGCGGCCUGUGACACAGGCGCGCAAGCCAGCCUAAUUUCCUACGCAGCCGUUCGUGCCCUAAAAUUACCUACAAAGCCAUGCAAUAAACCAAUCGAUGGAAUCGGAGGAACGACAAUACUGGAUAAAAAGGUUUGCGCUUACCUCACGCCAUGGUUCGAUAGCACAUUUAGAAUAUACGCAGAAUUUCUUGUUUCAAAUCAUUUAUCAGGCUCACAUCCACAUGCACAACUUGAUUCUUUACGCCCAGAUUCGAAAGAAAUAACGCUCGCUGAUCGCCAUUUUGAUGUGCCGUCCCAAAUUGACAUGCUCUUAGGUGCUGACAUUUGGGGAAUGAUCAUACGCAAUGAUCUAUACAGACACACAUCAGGUGCUGUAAUGCAUGAUACAGCGCUCGGGCACAUAAUUUUAGGCAGAGCACCAAUACAACAACAAGAUGCAUCCAUUCACGCUUACACGCUUUCAGAAAUUGAAGAUGUGCAAACCAAUUUAUACGAGAAUGAAAGCCUUGAUGAUUUGUUACGCAAAUUCUUCAACAACGAGAGUGUUGUCGAUGAUGUCCAACUAGAGAAAUAUUCCGCAGAAGAAAACGCAGUGGAAACACACUACGCAAAAAACACAUAUCGAAACGCAGAAGGCCGAUACGUAGUGAAAAUUCCACUAAAGCAGAAUAAAAGCCUCGGCGAAUCACGUAACAUUGCACUAAAGCAAUUCUACGCACUUGAACGCAAAUUACAAUCCAAUUUAGAGUUGCGUGAAAAAUAUGUUGAAUUCAUGCAAGCGUUCAUAAAUCUGGGGCACAUGCAGCCAGCAGGAAAAAUUGAACGCCAAAUGCAUUAUUAUGUACCACAUCACGCAGUUUUCAAAGAUGGCAAACUACGCACUGUCUUCAAUGGCUCAUGCAAAUCGAGCAAUGGUGAAUCUUUGAAUUCAAUUCAAAUGAUUGGUCCCAAAAUACAACAUGAUCUACAGUAUCAAAUUAUGCGCUUUCGCAGACACAAAUACGCUGUUACCGCUGAUAUCAUUAAAAUGUUCCGCAUGGUACGCAUACACCCCUCUCAAUGGGAUCUCCAACGCAUAUUUUGGAGAGAGUCUCCCAAUGAAAAAUUACGCGAAUAUCACGUUACAGUUGUAAUGUAUGGUUUGGCCUCAUCAACAUUCGAAGCAGUACGCUCUAUGAUUCAAUGUGCACGCGAUUACGCAAAAAGCCAUCCGAAUGCAGCUGACAUCAUUAUCAACUGUUUCUACAUGGAUGAUGGUUUAUGGGGUGCUGACACUAUCGCAAAACUAAAGCAAUUAUGCAUGCAAGUGGAAUACGUACUAAAACAAGGCGGUUUUAGUCUUGCAAAAUGGGCAUCUAAUAGCAUUUCCAUCGAAAAAGAAAUGCACGCUGAGCUAACCAACGCAGUAGAAAUGGACAAAGAUCUCACGCUUAAAGUUAAAGAAGCAAAGGUUUUAGGCAUACGCUGGCUAAAAGAGUCAGACGAACUUACUAUUUCUGUCCAAGCUUACGCGCACAAAGAAAAAUGUACAAAACGCGACAUAAUCAGUGAAAUUGCCAAAUUAUACGAUCCGAAUGGAUACGUCGCACCUGUUGUAAUUGUUGCGAAAAUGUUGAUGCAAGACAUUUGGAAACAACGCGAUUUGUCAUGGGAUAAAUUGAUACCCGAAUCAUUCCAAAUACGCUGGAAUGAAUUCACGCAAAACCUAUGCGACUUAAGCAAGUUUCGUAUACCACGCUGGUUAAAAAUGUAUGAACAAAGCAAAAUUCAAAUCCACAUGUUCUGCGAUGCCACCAUCAAAGCUUAUGGAGCAGUUAUUUACACAAGAACAAUUGACACGCUUGGAGUAAUUCACUGUACGCUAUUCACAGCCAAAUCUAAAGUAGCUCCAUUAAAAGCAAUCACCAUACCACGCAUGGAGUUGUUAGCCGCACUUUUGGGCAGCAAAUUAACGCACAAUUCAAUACAAGCAUGUGAAAUGAAAAACGCAGAAAUUCAUUUUUGGUCGGAUUCAAUGGUGACUCUGCAUUGGAUUGGCAAAAACCCAUUGCAACUCAAAACCUAUGUGUCGAAUAGAGUGGCAAUGAUACAAGAAUAUUCCACUAAUGCAAGUUGGAAGCAUGUCAAAACACAAGACAACCCUGCUGAUUUGAUCAGCAGAGGUAUGAAGAUCAGCGAUUUCGUACGCAGUGAUCAUUGGAAGCACGGCCCAACAUGGCUUUCAAAAGACCAAGGAGAAUGGCCAACGCCAAAAUUAGAAAUCACAAACGCAAUACAAGAAGAAAUAAAAAAAGAAGUUAAGCCACCUGUAAACGUUAAUUUGGCCAUCAUGAUGCUACCAGUACGAAUUAAACGCAACCAAUAUGAAAUACGCGAACUAUGGUACAGAACGAAUAAUUGGAAAAAGAUGAUACGCAUUACAGUUUAUGUUCUACGUUUUAUUCAAAACACACGCAUUAUAAAAGAUCGCACAAAAUGGAUACAAGGGCUACCGCAAACGCAGGAAUUGAAAAAUGCUCUUCGCUUCUGGAUUAAAUACGCACAAGCACAAACAUACAAGAAGGAGAUUCUAGCUCUAAAAUCAAGCGACGCAGAAUUUAAAACGAAAAGCAAUAUACGCUCGCUUAAUCCUUUUUUAGACGAAAACGACAUGUUAAGAGUUGGGGGACGCAUUGACAAGGCAAUAGUGUCAUAUCAUAUAAAACAUCCUAUAAUUAUACCCCCACGCUCACGCUUGGCAUACCUAUUAAUACAAGAAGCUCACAAUCUUACAUUACAUGGUGGCAUUCAACAAAUGAUGGCAUACACAAGACGCAUAUAUUGGAUACCACAAUUACGAUCUCAAGCACGCCAGAUCGUUAACCAAUGUGUCAAAUGUACACGAUACGCACAAAAAACAGUACAACAAAUUAUGGCCGAAUUGCCUGCUGUACGCGUACGCCCAGCCAAUCCAUUCAAUUCAGUAGGUAUUGACUUGGCCGGCCCAUUUACUGUUAAAAUAACAGACAAGCUCAAUUUAAACACGCGUUCCAAAGCAACCAUUCCUAAAAUCAAGGGAUAUAUCGCAGUUUUCGUAUGCAUGGUCACACGCGCAGUACAUCUUGAAGCAAUAAUGGACAUUUCCGCAGACGCAUUUUUACGAGCAUUUCAACGCUUUGUCGCACGCAGGGGCUUCCCAGAAGUAGUCUACAGUGAUAAUGGCACAAACUUUGUCGCAUCAGAUCGCCUCCUACAAGAAGCAAUGCAAUCAUGGACGCACGAAUCCGUUCAACAAUACGCUAGUUGGAACGGUACCAAGUGGCGAUUCAUUACGCCAGGCGCUCCACAUGAAGGAGGCAUUUGGGAAGCCGCCGUAAAAUCGAUGAAACAUCACCUUAGACGUGUGAUGGGCACUCAACAAUACUCAUAUGAGGGCAUGUCCACAUUAAUAUGCGGCAUUGAAGCCUGUCUGAAUUCGCGACCUAUCUGCGCAAUGUCAGAUGAUCCUAAUGAUCUCGAAACGCUUACGCCAGCACAUUUUCUGGUCGGAAAACCACUCACGCUUCCAUUACAUGAGGACAUGCAGCAUGUAAAAACAGCCAAAAGUUUAUUUAACGCAUUGCAAGCACAAAUCCAAGGCUUCUGGACACAAUGGUCUCAAGACUAUUUACACACGCUAACGCAAAGACCAAAAUGGCGAGAAGCACAGGCCAACAUAAUGAAAGGCCAAUUGGUAUUAAUUAAAAAUGAAAACAUGCCACCAACUUACUGGGCUAUGGCCAGAGUUAUUGAGGUCAACGCUAGCCAAGACACAAAAGUACGCUCAGUAAAACUCAAAACGCAAAACACGAUUUUAGAAAGAUCCGUACGCAAAUUAUGCAUUUUACCAACGGAUCAAGAAUUAAAUUAUUGGGUUGAAAAUUGA